UCGCGGAGCAGGGCGUGUUCCUUGAGCUUCAGUGAAAGUAAUCAUGUACAUCGCGAACCGGACAUUUACUAUAAAAACACCGACCAACCGCGCUAAAGGCACACUCGAUCCGAAACUACUACCAGACACAAUGAAGAGCUUUGCGAUAAUACUGUUGGCGACUGCCGUGUUGGCAGCCCCCGCGAAGGAGCAAUCGAAGAAGCCAGACAAACGGAGUCUGCUGACGGGUGAUAUCGGUGUCUCGGGUUAUGGCCUCCCGAAUUACGGUGUUUCAAGUUACGGCCUCCCGAAUUACGGCUUAGGCCUGUCUGGAUAUUCAACCGGAUCGAGAGUACUCGGAUCAGGAUUAUCGGGACUCACUGUAGGUAACAGCCUGUCCUCCGCCUACGCAUCCGGACUAGGAUACGGAACUCUUGGCGGAUAUGGAUCUCUCGGCAGUAGCGGCGUCAUCCUCGGUAGAAGCGAUCUCUCGAAUGGUCUCGGUCUCUCGAAUGGUCUCGUGGUACCGAACCUCGCGCACGCCAAGUCCGAGCGCAUCACCGGCGUCACCCUUCAUCGCGAGGUCCAAGUACCAGUUGCGGUGCCUCACCCCGUCCCAGUCGAAGUCACCAAGCACGUACCCGUCGCGCAGCCCGUGCCUGUCAAGGUAGACCGUCCAUAUCCGGUUCCAGUACCGCAUCCCGUACCUGUCGAAGUCACCCGUCACGUGCCAGUCAAAGUUGACCGACCCUACCCGGUCGCGGUGCCGCAUCCUGUCGAGGUCCGUGUCCCACAACCAGUGGCGGUCCCAGUGGCGCAGCCGGUGCCCGUUCCUGUCUCCGUCACGAGGCACGUGCCCGUGUCAUCUGUUAACGUAGUACCGUCGACCUUAGGCGUCGUAUCGCCGUCAAUCGGCUACGCAACUGGCCUCUCCGGAGUCUCCGGACUCUCGUCCGGAUACCUCUCGUCCGGAUACUCAUCCGGGCUGCAUUCGUCCGGACUCUCGUCCGGUCUGUACUCGUCCGGACUCUCGUCCGGUCUGUACGCGUCCGGACUCGCGUCCGGAGUCUCGUCCGGGGUCUUAGCUGGACAUGAAUACGCCGAUCUGGGAUCCAGCCACUUGGGAUCCAUCUCGAGUGCGAGUCUUGGUAGCUCUGGCUUAGAGAAUGGCAUCAUCUCAUCCGGCAACGUCUUCAGCGGUUUGGGAUCCGCCGGCACUGUGUUGACAUCGUCUCACGACAAUCUCGAUCUCUCAUCCGCGACAUUACCGCUCAAACCAAGUUUCUCGAAAAAUUGGUAAAUUCAAGAGCCAGCAAUUUGAUUAAACAUAUAUUUCUAAGGCAUCCCUCGAGUGCAGUUUACGAAUUAAACGUGCAGAAUACCGAUUAAGUCAUGUUGCCAAAUAAAUUUAUAUUUUUCUAUCCUAUAUAUCUCCGUAGAAUCGUUAUGAAUGUAUAAUGUUGAUUACAGUUAUAUAAUUAUGCUAUGAUACACUUUCGCAAAUUUCUCCAAUAUUAUCUGUUUUAGAUUUUCUUGUUAAAUAAUAAUUAUUUAUAUUUCUUGUAUUUUGACAGUUCUCACUAAUAUGUCUUGUAUUUUUUAAAAGAAAAAUAAUUAUCAUCGGUAUUUUUCUAGUCUUAUAAUUUAGACAUGCCUUUAUAAAUUUGUAUGGUAAAAAUUAUAAAUUUAUUAUUAAAAAUAAAUUUUAUGGGUAAAAUAAAGAGAAUUAAAAA